AACUAUAAAGUGGUGAAGAGAGAAGAAGAAGAAGAAGAAGAAGAAAUGACAGUGUUAGCAGGGAUCGGGUAUGGUUUAAUAGCAUUAGGACCUUCCCUUUCACUCUUCAUUUCUGUCAUCUCCAAGAAACCAUUCUUGAUCCUCACUGUCCUCUCCAGUACACUGUUAUGGCUUAUAAGUCUGAUUGUGCUGUCUGGAGUCUGGAGGGCUUUUCUUCCUUUGCAAACAAAAGCAUGGUGGCCCUAUGCUUUGCUUAUUCUUUCUUCUGUUUGUUUCCAAGAAGCUCUCCGUCUUCUUUUCUGGAAAGUUUACCAGCGGUUGGAGAAUAUUUUGGAUAGUUUUGCUGACAGGCUUUCAAAACCACCAUUAUUUCUGACAGAUAAGAUGCUAAUUGCUAUGGCUGGUGGUUUAGGUCAUGGUGUAGCCCAUGCUGUGUUCUUUUGUCUUAGCCUCUUAACACCGGCGUUUGGCCCAGCAACCUACUUCGUAGAUAGUUGUUCACGUAUUCCAUUUUUCCUUGUUUCUGCUAUGAUUGCUCUUGCAUUUGUUACAAUUCAUACUUUCUCAAUGGUCAUUGCAUUUAAUGGGUAUGCUGAAGGGAAUAAAGUGGACCAAAGUUUUGCCCCCAUAGUUCAUCUUGUUGCAGGAUUGGUGACACUGGAGAAUUCAGCAUCUGGGGGUUGCAUUGUUGGCAUUCCUCUUCUCUAUUUUAUCGCAGUCUUGACAUUGUUGCAUUGUGGGAAAAUGGUGCGGAGAAGAUUAACAGAAAACAGAAGAGCACAAGGCAGCUCAUAGUCGGCUCAAUGUUGUAAAUGUAAAAACCAGAGGAUCAAAGACCGGGAAAUACUUUUGCAGAUGAAACAGAUCAUUUGUAACUCUGUACAUCUCGUAUUUGAGAUUUGCAUCUAAAAUCUUCUCAGGUGUUUCUGUGCAGCUUGCAAUCCUACAAUGAAUAUGUUUUGCAGGCAGUAACUACUAAAUCCUGAAUUGAGCUCAAUGAUAGUUCUUAGCAAAUAAGACAUUCAAAGUAGAGAAGCCUUAGGAUUUGCUCUCUCAUGUUUAGACUCCUAACAGUUUAUAUAGUUAAGACCUGCAAAAAAACUGCAUUUCUCAUAAUGAACUGAUUGCAAUCACUAAAAAUUUGUUUGUUCCUGUAAAAUAGUUUAAGUGAUUUUAUUUGAA